UACGCCUCCUGUCAGAGCUGUCCGUCCGUAUCGCCGCAGGACGAGUUGUCUCCGUAGAAAAGCCACCUAUGGUGGUAGUGGUUGCCUCGCGGGUUUUCACCACGUACGAUUUUUUUUUGUUCUUCAACCUUUGACGACAUUUCGCGCAGCACAAUCGAUAAGCGAAAGCGUGCGUCUUUCACGCGGCCCACGCUGUACACGUGCACGCGAACGCAUCGGAGAGUAACACGUGUCUAUCGUCGUUGACAGGUGAACCAGUGUUGUUUUUCCGUUUGCUCCUGGCACCUGUCGUCGCACCAUCGCGCUGCCAGGAGGCUGGUGAACGACCAAAACCUCGUCACGCAGCGAGCGCAGGAAUCGAUGCCGACCAGGAUACACCGAGGAACGUUUACCAUACCCGCGAGCAUCACUAUGUGAUACGUGAACCGGAUAACGUUCGGCCUCUAAGGGAUACCUGCCCCUGGCUCGACGUCACCUUCACCUGGGAUUCUUUCCUAACGAAGCUGAGAAAGACCAAGCCUUUUGGAGUACUCCAGUCCGAGCUGUUCAAUUCGAAGUUCUUUGUGAGCUGGGCAUGGUCUUAGGGACGACGGCGGGGCGAUGACGCUCUACCACCGUCCGCCGUCAUCGUCAGGAGUCCCUCAGGACUCACCCAGUCUCCCUUAUCGGAUCCCGUGUUUGGUCCCGAUCCUGGUCUCUAACGGCGAACGUUUCUGCUAUUCAUCGAGGAAGCUCGCGAAGACGAACGCGACUGGUGCGUUCGUGAGGAGGCAUGAAGGAUCGACCGCAUCGACCUUACCGAGACCACGGGCAGGCGAUGCCCAUGGAGGAGGUUCAGGGAUUGCUACUUCCACCCUCCAGAACAGGUAACCGGGGACCUCUGAACGUGACGAUUGUACAGGUUGGAAAAGGAAACGGGGCCGGCGGAGAUGGCGGAAGUGAUUUACUGAGAUUGGAACCACCGUCGGAUUUAAGGCCAAGUCCGUCGCCCUUAUCCGAUAUCACGUUGCAGUCGGACAACAACGAUGCCUUUGGCGGAGGUGUCGAUCCAAGGUUGCUGUUGGGUGCUAGCACCGGUGGCGAUCGUAGCACGUGGGAGGGUCGUUACCACGUGAAGGAACAUCGACGUGCUGGAAAAGCGACCUUCCAGGGUCAAGUUUACAACUUCCUGGAGCGUCCCACCGGCUGGAAGUGCUUCCUAUAUCACUUCUCUGUGUGA